AUGACCACAUCGUUAACUGAUCAAUUGUACGUCGGCUUUUUUUCCAGUGACUGUGCAUGUCAAACAGAAGAGACAGAAUUAUUUGAAUUAAAGAGUACAACAAAUUUAUUACAAAACUUAUAUGAUGCUGUAGAAACUCUUCGUUUAUCGUAUCGUAGUCAAUUACAUGAUUUUAUAUCACAAGCAAAAAAUAUUAUCAACAGUGACAAACCAAUUUCAGUCACAAAAGUUGAGAAACAAAAUCCUGAAAGUAAUGAAAAACUUUCAUUUUUUCAUCAAGCAUUACUGCGUGGUUAUGAAACCGAGAUUGCUAAUCUUAAAAAAGAAAUUGAACGUGUACAAGAUUCAACAAAGUUUGAAAUUGAAUUAGCAACAGCAUUUGUAACUGAAGAAAAAGAUCGUCUCACACGUGAAGUGACGAGUUUAAAUAAAAGUGCGGCACAAUUCGAAGAUCAGAUGAUGAAAAAAGAUGAGCAAAUGAAAGAACUUAGAAAGGAACUAUCAAAUUUGAACGAUCGUCUCCGAGAAAAAACCCAACAAGCAAAAAAAGUAACACCUGUUGAACCAAUCAUUCGUUCGGUAUCUACACGUUCGAUAACAAUUCAAACAGAUAAUUUAUCUCCAACCAUUGAACAAAAACCUACAUCAAACAUGUCGGAAGCUGUGAUGCAAGAAAAAUUAGAUGCACUUGAAACACGAUAUAAAACGUUUAUGGAACAAAAAAAUAAUCAAAUUCAGCAGUUAAAUAACGAUUAUGAAGUUCAACAAAAAACAUAUCGUCAGAAGAUGGAAAAAUACGUAACUAUAGAAGAACGUUUGCAGAGUGAUGCAAAAAGUAUGAACGCUCUCCGUGACGAAAUGUACACACGUCAGACAAACAUUCGUGAUCGCUUUGUGGCUAAACCAGCUGUUGUUUCCUACGUAAGCAUAUAUUUUAAUCAUACAAAACGAAUAAUAAGGUAG